AUGACUUUCGUGAAUGGAUUGGUUGGUCCUGGAGUUCUUCCCAUAGUUCAAGCAAAUCAAACUCACGCCAACCCCGUUAUUGUUGUCAUCGUUCCCAAGGUUGAUGGAGACGUAGGCACUGUUGCCUUUUUUCGUCCCCUAUUGGGUCAGUUUCAUGCUCUAUUUUUGGAAAAGUAUGUACCCCAAACUUUGAGAGAUCGCAAGAAGGAUGAGUUCAUGGAUUUAGAGCAGGGGUGUAUGACUGUAGCUACUUAUGAGGCUAAGUUACAUGCCUUGUCUAGAUCUAAUCAAUUUUCUUUUCAUAUUUGCUACUUGAAUAUGAAAAAGCAGUACAAAGUGGAUGGUGAUGAAGAUGCAUCAUUAAUGGAAGUUCCCAUAUCCUUUAUCAGAUCCCAAGAAUCAAAAGUUGAUGACUUGCAAAUUAUGAGUAAGCAACACAAAAUUGACGAUGAUGAGGAUGCAAUACUAGUGGAAGUUCCAAUAUCUCUUACCGCACUUGAUGAAGUAAAAACCGAUGUUUUCGAGAAUGAGAUGAUUCCCAAAAAUAUGCAUUACGUGCAUACUUAUACAUUUGAAAAGAGAAGACAAAACUGGAUCAUCAAGAAUACUUCUCGUCCAUGUGGUUCAAUUAGCGAUUACGUCUACUAUCAUAUCGAGACAAACAAAAAGUUUCGUUCUUUGAUUGAGGUUUACAAUUUUGUUGUGUAUGGGGAUGUUCGUGAAACAAAGAGGAGAUUAAGCAAAUCUAAAGAAACAUUGCAGGUGAGACCGAGACAUAAACCACAUAUUCGAGUUAACAAGUUGAUCAAACAUUAUGUAGUUGGAACAUGUACUGAAUCUUGCAAGGGGGUUUACAUAAAAAAUCGGCGAGACGUUCACUACCUAUUUGAACGUGGCAUCCCUUCAAAUAUUGAGAAAAAGCGAAAAAGAGAAAACGAAGAUUUAUAUGGAUUUCAACAAAUAAACUUGAGAAAUGAAACAGCACAUAUGGACUCAAUAGAUUCUGCAUUAAGGACUCCAGUACAAUCCUUUUUUUACCUUUGGGAUUUUGAGCUCGUACAUAUAAAAGAGAGGCCAACAAAGAAAGUUUCAGUUCCAGAUAUUGUGGAAUUGGAGAAGAAGGAGUCGGCUAUUGACUUACUGAAUUUGCACAAAGACAUAUUGGAAGCUCAGAGGAGGUCUGGGGUUGAUGAGCAGCUGAGGUUAUUUUUGUUGAGAGCUAGUAUGAGUGAAGCUUCAUCCAGCUCAAUGCAAGCAGGGGUAGGACUUAUUAGCGGAGUUGAUGUUGUGAUGGAGUCUCAAACUCUAACUGCUACACCACUAGCUUUUGAGGGGAUUCUUGAGGUCUCAUUUAGUGCGCCAGCCGCUACCGCUACCACUAUUCAUGUUUCGGGAGAUACAAAAGCGUCAGCACCAUUUACAGACUCUGAAGCCUAG